CGCCAAGCUCUCUUGGUGGGAUACUACUGAAAAAGCCGGGUAGAUUUGCGGUCAGUGACGGCGUGGUGCAGUUUCUCUUGUCGGAUGACUGUAAAUACUCGGAUUUUUCGUGGAUGUUCAAAUUAAAACUGUACCUGUACCACGGAAUUCUGGUCUUUCAGUAAUAUAAAUUCAAAAUUCGCUAACCCACUGGGAAGAACGAACAAAAAGAGUCGCUCACAAUGUCCAGUACGGAAAACAACAGCGUGGAGGCGGAGCGGCGGAUGGAGGAUGAGCGUGAAGGAGAGGAUGAAAAGUCAGAGGCUGACGGUGCUCAGGAAGGGGCUUCCCCACCCAAACCAGCCGAUGAGAAACCCACUCUCUUUUUACCUGCUUACGAAGAGAAGAUGGCGACGGACCGCACUAACCGCUUCGAGUACCUGCUGAAGCAGACGGAGGUGUUCGCCCACUUCAUCCAGCCCGCGGCCCAGAAGACGCCCACCUCCCCCCUCAAGAUGAAGCCCGGCCGCCCCCGCAUCAAGAAGGACGAGAAGCAGAACCUGCUGUCUGCUGGGGACAACCGUCACCGUCGCACUGAGCAGGAGGAGGACGAGGAGCUGCUGAGUGAGAACAGCAAGGCCACCAACGUGUGCACCCGCUUCGACGAGUCCCCCUCCUACGUGAAGAAUGGGAAACUGAGGGACUAUCAGAUCAGAGGGUUGAACUGGCUCAUUUCUCUGUAUGAGAACGGCAUCAAUGGGAUCCUCGCAGACGAAAUGGGUCUGGGGAAGACCCUGCAGACCAUCUCCCUGCUGGGCUACAUGAAGCACUACAGGAACAUUCCGGGGCCCCACAUGGUGCUGGUGCCCAAGUCCACCCUGUACAACUGGAUGAACGAGUUCGCCCGCUGGGUGCCCUCGCUCAAAGCCGUCUGCCUGAUCGGGGACCGCGAGGAGAGGAACGCCUUCAUCCGGGACGUGCUCCUGCCCGGGGAGUGGGACGUCUGCGUGACCUCCUACGAAAUGCUCAUCCGCGAGAAGACCGUCUUCAAGAAGUUCAACUGGAGGUACCUGGUCAUCGACGAGGCCCACAGGAUCAAGAACGAGAAGUCAAAGCUUUCAGAGAUUGUCCGAGAGUUCAAGACCACCAACCGCCUGCUUCUCACUGGAACCCCCCUGCAGAACAACCUGCACGAGCUCUGGUCCCUCCUCAACUUCCUGCUCCCCGACGUGUUCAACUCCUCAGAAGACUUUGACGCCUGGUUUGACACCAACAACUGCCUUGGGGACCAGAAGCUGGUUGAGCGUCUGCAUAUUGUGCUCCGCCCCUUCCUGCUCCGUCGUAUCAAAGCCGAUGUGGAGAAGUCUCUGCUUCCCAAAAAGGAGGUGAAGAUGUACGUGGGCCUGAGCAAGAUGCAGCGCGAGUGGUACACCAAGAUUCUGAUGAAGGACAUCGACAUUCUGAACUCUGCGGGGAAGAUGGACAAGAUGCGUCUGCUGAACGUGCUGAUGCAGCUGCGGAAGUGCUGUAACCACCCCUACCUGUUCGACGGGGCCGAGCCCGGCCCGCCCUACACCACCGACCUGCACCUGGUCGUCAACAGCGGCAAGAUGGCCGUGCUGGACAAGCUCCUGCCCAAGCUCUACGAGCAAGGGUCCCGCGUGCUGAUCUUCAGCCAGAUGACCCGGAUGCUGGACAUUCUGGAGGACUACUGCAUGUGGAGGAACUACGGCUACUGCCGCCUGGACGGCCAGACGGCGCACGACGAGAGACAGAAAUCAAUCAACGUCUACAACGAGCCCAACAGCCCCAAGUUCCUCUUCAUGUUGAGCACCCGGGCUGGGGGGCUGGGCAUCAAUCUGGCCACCGCUGAUGUGGUCAUCAUCUACGACUCCGACUGGAACCCUCAAGUGGAUCUGCAGGCCAUGGACCGAGCUCACCGGAUUGGGCAGAAGAAGCAGGUGCGCGUGUUCCGCUUCAUCACGGAGAACACGGUGGAGGAGAGGAUCGUGGAGCGGGCCGAGAUGAAGCUCCGACUGGACUCCAUCGUCAUUCAGCAAGGAAGGCUAGUGGACCAGAACCUGAACAAGCUGGGGAAAGACGAGAUGCUGUCCAUCAUCCGACACGGCGCUACGCACGUGUUCGCGUCCAAGGAGAGCGAGAUCACAGACGAGGACAUCGACGCCAUCCUGGAGAGGGGAGAGAAGAAGACCAUGGAGAUGAAGGAGAAGAUGUCCAACAUGGGAGAAAGCUCGCUGAGGAAUUUCACCAUGGAGUCGGAGAGCAGCGUGUACAACUUCGAGGGCGAGGACUACCGAGAGAAGAAGAAGAUCGUCACAGAGUGGAUCGAGCCGCCGAAGCGCGAGCGGAAGGCUAACUACGCGGUGGACGCGUACUUCAGGGAGGCGCUGCGCGUCAGCGAGCCCAAAGUGCCCAAGGCUCCUCGGCCCCCCAAGCAGCCCAACGUUCAGGACUUCCAGUUCUUCCCCCCGCGCCUGUUUGAGCUCCUGGAGAAAGAGAUCCUGUACUACAGGAAGACCAUAGGCUACAAGGUUCCCCGAAAUCCCGACAUCCCCAAUUCAGCCCAGGCUCAGAAGGAGGAGCAGAGGAAGAUCGACGAGGCGGAUCCCCUGUCUGAGGAGGAGCUGGAGGAGAAGGAGAACCUCCUCUCACAGGGCUUCACCAUUUGGAACAAGCGCGAUUUCAACCAGUUCAUCAAGGCCAACGAGAAGUGGGGCCGCGACACUUGAGAACACGCCGCGAGCCGUUCUGUCGUUAGCCUGUGUAAAACGGGCCGUGGCCCCGUCCCUGUCGCCUCUGCAGCCGUGUUCUGGGAGCGGUGUAACGAGCUGCAGGACAUCGAGAAGAUCAUGGCCCAGAUCGAGAGGGGCGAGGCCCGCAUCCAGAGGCGCAUCAGCAUUAAGAAAGCGCUCGACACGAAGAUCGGCCGGUACAAGGCUCCCUUCCACCAGCUGCGGAUCUCUUACGGCACCAACAAGGGGAAGAACUACACGGAGGAGGAGGACCGCUUCCUCAUCUGCAUGCUGCACAAGCUGGGCUUCGACAAGGAGAGCGUCUACGACGAGCUCCGCCAGUGCAUCCGCAACUCCCCGCAGUUCCGCUUCGACUGGUUCCUCAAGUCCAGGACGGCCAUGGAGCUCCAGAGGCGCUGUAACACCCUGAUCACACUGAUCGAGCGAGAGAACAUGGAGCUGGAGGAGAGGGAGAAGGCAGAGAAGAAGAAGAGGGGUCCACGGACAUCAUCGGUGCAGAAGCGCAAAGCGGACGGGACGCCGGACGGGCGCGGGCGGAGGAAAAAGCUGAAGCUGUGAGCCGCGCUCCAGCCCCGCGGCGGCUCUGGACCUGGGCGCAGAAAACCGUAGUGUUGUGUGUUUAUUUUACGGGUUGUAACGAUGUACUGUAUUCAACUCCAGAACUGAACUUCGCUUCUCAAUCGUGUGUGUGGUAAAUUAGGAAGGAUAGUACUCCAGUACAGGUCUGUCUCUUAGUGAAUUACAAAAUACUACAGCUGUGCUGAAUCUUUUUAAUUUAACCAUUAACACUCUGGGUAAUAAGAUCUUUUUAUUUAUAUCUCUUUGGUUGAGUACUGCAUUCCAUUGCAUAGAACAAUAUGUACUGCUUUUUUUUUUUUUUUUAAGAAUGUCCCACAAAUUCUGUUUUACCUUUAAUAUUUGGAUUAGAACCUUCAUAACAAAUGGCACCAAUAAAUUCCUUUGUUUUUGUAAA